AUGAAAUCUUAGAAUUCUAAAAAACCUAAUCUAAAGAUUACACUAAAUAAGAAAUCAGUGGCAUAAUUAGUGAAAUCAGACAAGCCUCCAAGUUCCAAAUGUUCUUAGAAAACAACAUCAUCAAAUGGAAAGGUAAGAAUUAUAGCGUAUAUAAAUGAUUUAGACAACUGCUUCAUCUAAGUAAUUGUGUUUUAAAUUCCAAGACAACUAUUCAACUGCUAACCCAUCUGUAAUUUCAGAGGGUGAGAAGAAAUGUAAAAAUAUUAUAAAUAAUCAAUAGCACUUGAUUCAGAUCAAUCAUAACUGAUAUAAUUGCUGAUUCAAAAAAAUUUGUAAUUGUAAAAGCAAAAUUCAGAUAAGGACACCAUAAUUUCUAAACUUAUAACAAAUAAAAAACCAGUCAUUUUAUAAAGAGCCAAUACAUCAAAUACUGAGAGGAGUCCUGAAAAAUGCUUUUAAAUGUAUCUAUUGCAAUAAGAAGAUCUAGAAAAAAGUUGCAGCAAAACACUUGCCAGAAGAAAUCAAAUUCUCCUCUCGGCUUCACGUUUUGUAAUGUUGAUUAAGAUGACGAAGAAAAAGUAAUUUAAAGUCAACCAAUGACAAAGUCUCAGAAGAGACUUCCUAAAGAGUUUUAAAUUGUACCAAAUCAGAGACGGUUUUUCAUAUGA